AUGCCACUUCGCGUAGCUAUUCUGCUGCUUAGUGCUAACUUUUUCGCAACGGCGUAUGUUGCUUUCCCGACCGGACAUCCAGGAUUGCUCGGCAUGCACGCCGACGGUCCUGGUCAGAGGCGUCUAGGAAAGGCCGACAAUGGUAACGAAGAGCGAAUUACUUUUGCUCAGGUUGUUGAUCUACAAGCGGAGGCGACUACUGAACUGAUCGUAAACGUAUCCCAGUACCUGAAAAGGGCUCUUGAUCACGCACAUCAUUACUGGGCAAGAUGGAACCUUUCAAGACAGAGCAAAAGGAUCUUUGAGAGGUUCAUGGAGGCGGAAGGCAAGAAUAACGUUGACACAAUGAUGACCUCGUUCACCGAGAAGGCGAUUUUGUCGACGAUUCAUGCCCUUAGGCGUGUGGAUGAUCCCGACCUUCAAGCUAUCGCGGAGCGCAUGCAGAGCAAGCAGUUCCAACUAUGGAAGGCUCGCGGCAUAGAGGCAGACGACCUCUUCGGGUCUCUCAAACUCGAGAAAAUUCUGUCGGAACGGCUCAAGGAUCCAAAAUUUGUCAGCCUGGCUGACUCGCCAGAGUUCACAAUUUGGGCAGCGUACGUGAACGACUCCUGGGACACGAAAUCUACGAAGCAGCCACAACUGAAAAAAACGUUUGGCGCCAUUAAAGGACUAUUCAAAGGAUACAAGGGAAAGGCUGUGUCGGUGCUAUCGUUGCCUAUUAACAACUCACGAACCCUCCAGCUUAAUCUGAGGAAACUUAAGGUCAGCCUCAUUGUCAAAAAGAUCAAAGGUAAGAAAUCUAAACGCAACAAGUAA